CCUCAGCUCCCCCCCACAGAUGUCGGAGAGAUGGGGGGGCAGAUCUCGGGGGGGCAGAGGCAGGGGGUGGCCAUUGCCCGAGCCCUGCUCCGAGACCCCCAAGUGCUGAUCCUGGACGAUGCCACCAGCGCCCUGGAUACGGAGAGUCAGCUGUGGGUGGAGAAGGAGAUUUACGAGGGCGCUGGAGCCGAGCGCUCGGUGCUGCUCAUCGCCCAUCGCCUGAGCACCGUGGAGCGAGCCGACCGCAUCCUGGUGCUGGAGGAUGGGGAGAUCCGGGAGCAGGGCACCCACCAGGAGCUGCUGGCGCUGCAGGGCAGCUACUGGCGCCUGGCGCAGAAACAGCUCAAUGGGGAUGCGGGGGGCGGCUCCGAGGAUGGGCUGGGAGCUGGGGGGCCGUGAGGCUGGCACCGUGGGGAUCCUCCAGGGAGGGGGGGUUUCAGCUCCUCCUGCACGUGUGGUUCCUCCCCAGGGUGGGGGGGUUCUCAGAGCUUCCCCCCCAUAUGCGGCUCCUUCGCCCUGGGGACCUGGCACAGGACACAGGACCAGAGGGUGUGCAGGGGGCUCCGUCUCUGGACAAACCCCAGCUCUGAGACCUAUUGUGCUGCAGAGAGACCGGGGCCCCUUCCCAGCAGGGGGGCUUUGCUGGGGGAAUCGAGGCAGGCGAGUGAGGGGUGGGGCGGCUGGUGUUUGUCUGGCUUGUGUGUAAUAAAGUGUCUUGUUUUCU